AUGAUCGAAGGCCAGCACCCCGUCGUUCAGGCGCUGCUCGGCACACUCGUCACGUGGGGCUUUACCGCUCUAGGCUCGGCCAUGGUAUUCGUGCUGGACGUAGAGGACAAACACACGAGCCAGAAGAUCUUGGAUGGAAUGCUAGGUUUCGCAGGUGGGGUCAUGCUGGCUGCCUCCUAUUGGUCACUAUUGGCGCCAUCCAUCGAGAUUGCAGAGGCGUCUGAGCUGUAUGGCCCUGACGGACGCUGGUCUUUCGUUCCCGCUGCUGUGGGCUUCAUGCUCGGAGCGCUGACACUCUUCGGCACCGAGAGGCUGUUGCCCCUUUUGGAGAAAUACCUGGGCGUGUCUCCACACUCGAUGGGUGGGAAGGACGGCGAUCUUAAGAAGAAGAAGAAAGAUGACGACUACAAGGGAGAGGAAGAGGAGAAUGAGAGCUACGAUAAACCCACGACUGCCAGUACCAGUAGCUUCCGUCGAGUUUUGCUGCUUGUGAUUGCCAUUACACUGCACAAUCUGCCUGAAGGAAUGGCGGUCGGAGUGGGGUUUGGCAGUGUGGGCCACAGCAGCGGUGCAAGUUUCGCUAAUGCCGUGAAUCUGGCGAUAGGCAUUGGGCUGCAGAACUUUCCCGAGGGGCUGGCAGUGUCGAUGCCGUUGAGAAGAGAGGGCACGUCGGCGUUUAAAGCGUUUAUGUGGGGACAGGCGAGUGGACUCAUUGAGCCAAUUGGAGGAUUGAUCGGAGCGGGUGCGGUGCUGUAUGUGCAGCCGAUUCUGCCGUACGCAUUGUCGUUUGCAGCAGGAGCCAUGAUCUUUGUCGUGGUGGACGAUUUGAUACCGGAAACGACACAGAGCGGCAACCAGAAGCUUGCGACUUUCGGCACCAUCGUGGGUUUCGUCGUCAUGAUGGUCAUGGACGUUGCACUCGGAUAG